CUGAUGACGUCACUGCACCCUGUAAACAACCCUGGCACGUGUUACUGUCCUUUAACUACACGCGAGUUAAUUACCUUAUUUAAACCGCUACUAAUAAGAGUACUAAAGAACAAGAGUUUAUCAAUCAGUUUAUAAAUCAUUUAGCACCGGACAAAAGGCUUAUAGCGGUAAUAAUCAACUAAGAGGAAGUGAGAACUAGACGUCACUAGCUGGUCAAUUGGAAGGUAAUGAAGGAAGCUGGGAAAAAGAUAAUGAUUAGAGGUAAUGGGACGGACGUUAGAUGCAGACUCUUAUUUUCCUUGCUUAAAGUGCAAUAUCUGGGUGCCAAAUUAUGCUAAAGAAAUACAUACAGCAGAGUGUCAUGAAUUAGGGCUCCUGUCAUUUUCUCAUCCAUACGUAGUAGGGUCAUCAUUAUAUGGUCAAAUAAUAACAACUGGAGCAGUUCAAACAUCACUACAGGAAAAAGAAAGGAGGAAAAUAAAGAGCAAAGAAGUAAAGGAAAGAGGAAGUGGAAAUCGAGAAAAGAAAAAUAGCAAAAAAGGGAAGGAUGAGGGAACUGAGAGGAACAAAGAGGGUGACAAAAGUUCUCAGGAAAACUCUGAACUGGAUGGUAACAAAACCAUACUGGAAGAGCCAGAUUGGCUGAAGAAGAUCUUUUAUGGCUUCCAUUACCGAAUAGUUCUGAUGAAUGAGCGAGACUUGAUUCGCUGCAACGUGUGUGCCUAUAGUCCCGUGGAGGUGAAGUGUGGUUCCAACUCCUGUGCAUUCCUCGCCAUUCCUGAUGAGACUGUGCGGAUUGGACAUGUCACCUUACACCACAAGAGCUGUCUGCAGUAUCUGCCAGCACUUACACAUAACAAGUUUCUUUGGAUUAAGAAAAUUACAAAUAUUGUUUAUGCUGAUGAAGUGUUGGUGACACCGAGCAAGGUCCUCAUUGAAAAAGAGUGUAGCUUCAUGGAACAACAGUUAAAAUGUUUACUAUUCAGUAACUAUCCUUUAGGUGCACCAUUUACUUUAAACAUUGGUAGUAAAGUUUAUCUUCCUUCAACUUGUAAUACAGAUAAUUCUUUCACUCUAAAUAAUUAUAGCCUGUGUAAGGUAUAUGGAGAAGAUUCACUGACAAAGGAAGAUAGUUUGAUUGAAAAUUUACAAAAUCUAGAUAUAAGUAGCAGAGAUAGUGAUGAUUCUGUCUUAGGAAGAAGUGAAAGUAUUCCAUCUGAGCUCUUGACACUGGACGAGUGUGUCGGAUCCGAAACAUCACUCACAGACUGCUCCCCGAGACCUUACCUCUCGGGAUCUGACACAAGCAGUGCUUUUGUAACACUCGAUGAAAUCCGGACCGGGGAUUCAAUGGAAGUGAGCAAUUUGGAGUCCGAUAUGUUAACGUCUACACCAAAGAAAUCAAAUGAGAAUAAAAAAAACAUAUACAAGUCACUACUUACAUCAAAGGUAUAUAACAAAGACAUUUCAACCAUCCAAAAUGACAAGUCAGAAACUGGAGCAACCGAUGGUUCUCAACAGUGCAGUAGAUGGAUUCGAAUUGGUAGGGACACAAAGGUCAUAGUGCAGCGUUUAUACAGCACUGUUACCAAGGAUUCCCCCGAGGUGAAGCUGCAACAGGAGACAUAUUGCAAGGACACAGCAUAUGUUACAUUACUCAAGAUCAUGCAGAUUAAACUGAAGGAUUCCGUGUUUGCAAACAACCCACUACUUGGAGGUUGGGGUGGUGUUCUUGUCUACGGCCCACCAGGGACAGGCAAGACUCUCAUGGUUCACCAGGCAGCGGAGGAGAUGAACGUCCCUGUGGUCACCUUAACUCUCAAUGAUAUAACAAGAUCAUCUGGAGGCGGUGACCAAUGUGUACGUCAGAGAUUUAAAUUGGCAAGUGAAAGUGCACCAUCAGUUUUAUUUCUGGAUGAAGUAGAGAGCCUGUGUCCUGCUGGUGAACACAAGGCACAGGGCAACAGAGAUCUGAUACCUGCCAUUGUGCAAGGGAUCCACACACUGCAGACAUCUUCAGAGCCAGUGCUAUUGGUUGCUGCCACAAGCAGACCAGAUGGCAUUACCUCAAAGUUGAGAUGCUCUGGUAGACUUAACAGAGAGUUGAUGGUGCCAUUGCCAGAUGCUCAACAAAGACUCAAUAUAUUACAUCAGUUGCUGUCAUCCCAUUACCACAGACUUGGUAAAGAAGAGGUGACGGAGGUGGCCAAGAGAGCUUAUGGAUUUUCUGGAGCCGAUUUAAAUGUUCUGCUUCGAUGUUCUUGGCUCAGUUGUGUGGAAAGGUUAGAUAAAGAGAAUAAUUCUGCUCAUCAACAGAGGACAGAAGAGCUCAGCCUAUCCAAAGAAGAUUUGCUUUAUGGCCUAAAGAGCAUUGUGCCAACCAUGUUGAGACAGAAUUACUCAGCUGUGUCUACAGUGAGAUGGUCUGAUAUAUGGGGAUACCAAACAGUCAGAUCUAAGUUACAGACAAUGAUUCAGCUGCACAUUAAUGAACCUGAGGAACAUCCACUGAGAGGAGUUCUUUUCUAUGGUCCUCCAGGGUGCUCCAAGACCAUGUUUGUCAGGGCAUUGGUCCAUGAAACAAGCUUCAGUUUUUUUCCUCUCAAGUGUUCAGAUUUAUUAUCCAAGUUUGUUGGUGAAACAGAAAAAUCUCUGAGCAAAGUGUUCAGCAGGGCCAGACAAGCAGCUCCUGCCAUCAUAUUCAUGGAUGAAGUGGACAGUUUGUGUGGUGAUCGUGGGGGCGGCGGUGGCCUGGUGUCAGAGCUCCUCUCCCUCAUGGCACAGACGGCACCUUAUGGAAACAUUAUGAUAAUUGGAGCUACUAAUAGACCUCAUGCAAUAGAUGAGGCUUUACUGAGACCAGGUUGCCUUGAACAAGUUAUCCACAUUGACUUGCCUGAUUUUAAGUCUCGAUGUGAAAUAUGGAAAGGCAUACUUGAGGAUGUACCACUGAAAGGUCAGGUGGACAUCGAGAAGUUGAGUGAAGCAACAGCUGGGUACUCAGGAGCUGAGAUAACUGCCAUAUAUCAAGAGGCAGCACACACAGCCAUCACAGAACUCACUGUGCAAGACAUAGAACAAACUGAAAGUACACAAGAUUCUCAAGAAUGUGUCGCCAUCUCCGAGGAAUUGCUGUUGAAAGUUGCGAAAUCAGUUCCUUCCAGAACUCCUGCAUCACUUUUGGAAGCCAUCAACCAGUUCACUAGUCAGAGAAGACAUAAGAAUUUUAAAUGAUUGUCCACACUCACACACACACACACUAUAUGUAAAGAGAAUUUUGAUAAUUAUAUUUAUUGUUUAUUAUUGAAAAAUGUCAUCUGGAAGUGAAAAUACCUGUUGAUUAAAUUGUUAUUUUUAAGAAGUUUCUAUUAUCUGCAAUAAAAGAUGACUGAACA